CUCUCUCUCUCAUCGAUCGCUCGCUCUACGAUCUCUCUCAUCGAGCUGUUUGCUGAUGAGAUUGUCUGAAGAUGCAGAUAUUUGUGAAGACUCUCACUGGCAAGACCAUCACUCUCGAGGUCGAGAACUCUGACACCAUUGCCAAUGUUAAGGCCAAGAUCCAGGACAAGGAGGGCAUCCUCCGCAAUCAGCAAAGGCUUGUCUUCGCAGGCAAACAACUCAGGGACGAGCGCACACUUUCCGAUUACAAUGUACAGAAGGAGUCCACGCUUCACCUUGUCCUCCGUCUCAGGGGCGGCAUGCAGAUCUUUGUGAAGACCCUCACUGGCAAGACUAUUACUCUUGAGGUCGACAACUCUGACACCAUUGCCAAUGUUAAGGCCAAGAUCCAGGAUAAGGAGGGCAUUCCUUCGGAUCAUCAGCAAAGGCUCAUCUUUGGUGGCAAACAGCUCGAUGACGAGCGCACUUUGUCUGACUACAACGUCCAGAAGGAGUCGACGCUCCACCUCGUCCUCCGCCUCAGGGGCGGCAUGCAGAUCUUCGUGGAGACCCUCACUGGUGAGACCAUCACUCUUGAGGUCGAGAGCUCUGACACUGUCGCCUACGUGAAGGCUAAGAUCACGGAUACGAAGGGCAUCUUCACUAAGGAGCAAAAGCUCAUCUUCGCUGGCAAAGAACUCGAUGACGAGCGCGCUCUGUCUGACUACAACAUCCAGAAGGAGUCAACGCUCCGCCUCGUCCUCCUCCUCAGGGGUGGUAUGCAGAUCUUCGUGAUGGGCCUCACUGCUAAGACCAUCACUCUUGAGGUCGAGAGCUCCGACACCAUCGCCGACGUUAAGGCUAAAAUCCAGGAUAAGGAGGGCAUCCCCACCGAUCAGCAAAGGCUCAUCUUUGGGGGCAAACAACUUGACGAUGAGCGCACACUGUCUGACUGCAACGUCCAGAAGUUGGCGACGCUCCACCUCACCCUCCGUCUCAGGGGUGGCAUGCAGAUAUUUGUGAAGACUCUUACUGGCAAGACUAUUACUCUUGAGGUUGAGAGCUCCGACACGAUUGAAAAUGUGAAGGCUAAGAUCCAGGAUAAGGAGGGCAUUCCCCACGACCAACAGAGGCUCAUCUUUGCUGGUAAGCAGUUGGAGGAUAAUCGCACUCUCAGGGAUUACAAUGUGCAGAAGGAGUCUACCCUUCACCUCGUUCUCCGCCUCCGAGGCGGGAUGCAGAUUUUCGUGAAGACUCUAGCAGGGAGGACGGUCGCCCUAGAGGUCGAGGAGUCAGAUACCGUAGCGAAUUUGAAAGCCAAGAUUCAGGAUCGGCUGGGUAUCAGACCCGAUCAUCAGAGGAUCAUCUUUGCGGGGAAGCAGUUGGAGGACAAGCGCAUUUUAUCGGACUACAACAUGCAAAAGGAGUCCACCGUUCACCUCGUCCUCCGUCUUCAUGGCAGCAGUAUGCGGAUUUUUGUGAAGACCCUCACCGGCAUGUCCAUCACUCUGGAGGUCGAGAGCUCCGAUACAAUUGCCAACGUGAAGUCGAAGCUCCAGGGCUCGGUGGACGUUGCUCCUGACCAGCAGAGGCUCGUCUUCGGUGGCAAGCAGCUCGACGACGACCUAACUCUGGCCGACUACAACAUCCAGAAGGAGGCGACGCUCUACCUGGUACUGCGCCUCAGGGGCGGCAUGCAGAUCUUCGUGAAGACCCUCACCGGCAAGACCAUCACUCUCGAGGUCGAGAGCUCUGAUACCGUUGCCAACGUGAAGUCGAAGAUCCAGGACAAGGAGGGCAUCCCUCCUGACCAGCAGCGGCUCAUCUUCGCUGGCAAGCAGCUCGAGGACGGCCAGACUCUGGCCGACUACAAUGUCCAGAAGGAGUCGACGCUCCACCUGGUGCUCCGCCUUAGGGGCGGCAUGCAGAUCUUCGUGAAGACCCUCACCGGAAAGACCAUCACUCUCGAGGUCGAGAGCUCCGACACCGUUGCCAAUGUGAAGUCGAAGAUCCAGGACAAGGAGGGCAUCCCUCCUGACCAGCAGCGGCUGAUCUUCGCAGGGAAGCAAUUGGAGGAUGAUCGGUGCUUAUCGGACUACAAUAUUCAAAAGGAAUCCACCCUUCAUCUCGUGCUUCGUCUUCGCGGCGGUUACUGAAAGUAUUUCUUUCUUUUUAGACGUUGUUUUGGUGUUGAAGCCCGUAACGCUUCUAUUUUUUUUUUUUCAGGUUUUUUUUUUAAAAUCUUUUGAAAGGUAUUCUGUUUUUAGUUUUGAGUUAGGUUGUGGAGGAAG